AUGGCAAUGGCGGCACUUUCUUCACCCUUGGCUCUCUCCAACUCUCAUUACUAUAACAACAGGAACUACACAUUCAAAGCCUCUUAUUUGAAACAAAGAACUACAUUACUCCCCGUUCUCCAUCAUCGUGCUCGCACUUUCAGGAUCCGAUGCACCAGCGACACCGGCGCUGCAUUGUUGUUGAAUUUCGAAGCGGUUAUGAAGGAAUGCAAUGCUCGUGGUGUCCAGCUUCCUCUGGAUAUGGUGGACGCCGCCAAGAUCACCGGCAUUCGCCAACUCUUCCUUCAUCGUUACUUCCAACUACAGGAUUCGAAUCUGGUAAUGUCGUUUCUUAUGAAGCACAUUCCUAUGCUUAGAACCAGAAUGUUAGCUGAUCCUUCUUUUCUAUUUAAACUCGGAACAGAGGUUUUUAUAGACAUCUUAUGUACUUUGGUUGCGGAAUAUCUCCAAAGACGUGAGGAUUUCUGGAAUGAGAUUCAUCUGGUCAUUGGUGAUAUUGUGGUUGGAAUUAUACCUCUCGUUAUUGUGGUGACCAAUUUAUCACCCAUAGCUAGAUUUGGAAAUUAUUCUUAUGACUCCCAAGGUUUGCUUGGAGGCAUUCAGCAUACUAUUGCAUCUCUUCCUGGCAGUGUAUUCGAAGCUGAAAGGCCAGGAUGUAAAUUCACUCUGAAGCAGCGCAUUGCCACAUACUUCAUCAAGGGUGCAUUGCAAGGAAUCAUGGCCUUUUUAAGUGCUCUUAUUGGUCAAGGAUUUUUAAAUGUUAUAAUGAUGAAUUCCAAAAGACAUAAGCCCUGUCUGAAGAAAACUGCUGUUCUUUGGGGGAUCUUUGCAGCUGUGUCAUCUAACACUCGUUAUCAAAUCAUUAAUGGAUUGGAACUCCUUUUUGAAGCAUCUGCUAUUGGAAAAAACCCAAACAUUGCAAAGUUCUUCUCUUUCAUUGUGAGAUUUAUUAACAACAUCAUUGGUGGUAUGCAGUUUGUAGAAUGGGCCAAAUGGAGUGGUGUACAUUGAGUGACCCCUUAACCAUUAUUAUCUAUACUUAACAU